AUGUACAUCAAGGUUGAAGACACCACGGCUGUGCGGUGGUUCCUCACGUCCCUCGUCAGCAUCUUCUUUCGCGAGGUCGAGACACGCAACAGCCAUACUGUCCCCGUGCGCGGCCCGGUCAUCCUGGUAUGCGCUCCACACUGGAGCCAAUUCGUGGAUGCCGUCCUGGUCAUGAGCACCAAUCGCCGGCCCAUCAAGUUUUUGACAGCCGCCAAGACCAUGCGCCGACGCUUUGUGGGUGCUUUCUCCCGGUACCUGGGCUGCAUCCCCGUGGAACGACCUCAGGACCUGGCUACCAAAGGCAAAGGCACCAUCAGCGCCGCCACCGGGGCCACGACCGUGGUGGGUAAAGACACCCAGUUUACGAAGGAUCUCACGCCCGGCAGUGGUUUUGCUGUCGACGGCCACGUUUUCAAGGUUGAAAAGGUGAUCAGCGACACAGAGGCUGAGGUUCGCGACGGCCCAUCCGAGGGUUUCAAAGACGUUGCCUUUAAAGUUUACCCGCGCCUGAACCACGAUGAUCUUUACGAGAUGGUUUACGACGCCCUCAAGCGGGGGGAGGCCAUUGGCAUCUUCCCAGAGGGUGGGUCUCAUGAUGGGUCCAUGCUGCUCCCCUUCAAAGCCGGCGUAGCGCAGAUGGCCCUUGGCGCCAUGGCGGCGGGCUCCCCACCCGUACGCCUCAUUCCCGUAGGCCUGACAUACUUUCACGGCCAUCGCUUUCGGUCGCGCGCCAUGGUCGAGUUUGGCGAUCCCAUCAGCAUUGAGCAGGAUAUGGUCGAAGCCUACCGUAAUGGCGGCGAUGCCAAACGUGGUGCCUUUGACAAGCUUCUCAAGCGCGUGCAAGAGGCCGUUGAGGCCGUCACCAUUACAGCUCCUGACUACGAGACCCUCAAACUUUUGUGGGCUGGCCGCCGCCUGUACAAGCCCGAAAACCUCGAGCUAUCCACCGAACAAACGCAGCAGCUCACGAUCCGCUUCUCCGAGGCCUACGUCCAACUCAAAAAUGAGCCCGAGGUGCAGGCCUUGCGGAGCGAUCUCGCCGUGUACAACGACGCUCUUCGUGCUGCUGGCUUGCACGACCACGAGGUGGUGCAGACCACCGUUUUGCAAGAGUCUGAAAUCUUCAGCGGCGUGCUCCAAAAGGGCUUCCUAGUGCUUAUUCAGACGGUGGUUUUGAUCCCCUUUAUGGUGUUUGGUCUACCCAUUCUGUUUGCAUGUCGCGUGGUAUCCACCUUCAAGGCCCGUGCUGCGGCCGCCUCAUCCGCCGUCAAGGAGCACGGUCGCGAUGUCGUCGCAACAUGGAAAGUCCUGACAGCCCUUAUGAUUGUGCCCAUCUGUCUGGUUCUGUACAGCAUCCUCCUGGGCCAGCUGAUUCACCCACGCCUGACGGGUAUCUCUUGGUGCCUUCUCCCCAUUAUCAUGCUUGGCUCAUUACAUCUCUGGGAUCACUAUACCGAUCUCGUCAAGCAAUUGCGGGGUCUCUUGGCCCUCAUGAUCUCCAAGCAGCAAACUGUGGAGCUGUAUUAUCAGCGCUGCAAGCUCAAGCGUCGCAUCCGUGCGCUCGUCAACCGCGCUGCUGAUGACAUGGGCAUUGAUCGCAUGUUUGACGAGAAGGACUUUAUGGGUGAAGCUGAUCACGGCCUCGAGCUCGACGAACUCCUGUCGAUGUAA